UGUCACGAAGCCACACUACUGAGAGAGAAAUGGGGAUGUUUUGGGGCUCGGUCUCCAAAUGCCUUUCUCUGCGCAUGAAUGCAUGAAUGCGAUGCGCUCUUGCUUUGCAUUGUCUUCGUGCGUAGAUUUGGCAGGUAAAAGCGCCCGUCAGCCUGUUAGCAGUUUCCUAGUUAGAAAACUUGCCGUGACCGGUCAUUUUGGUCAUUUCAAAGUGAACUGUAACAGCGUACAGACAUGUGGAAUACGCAGCGGAAGCAAGAUCAGGACAAACGUCGAAAUUCUAUUUGGCAAAUAGUGGCUUUCUUUGAAUGUCGAAAAGAUGAAAAACACAGCGGUCGAAUGAUUCCCGAACCGGACUACAAUGAGGACGAUCGGCCGAAUUAUCGCCGUAUCUACAACAAUUUCAAUAACAACAACAACAUCAACGACAACAUGAAAGGUGUCGUUAUGGAUAAAGAAGGACUCGUCGUUCCACGAAAGCCCCCCAAUCCGUGCAUCACAUCGAUGGAACGCCGUGAUCUUCAUCGCGAACUCGCGUUUCACCAGAAAACCGGAAAGGCGGUGCUGAAUCAAAAAAGCGAACUGCAAAAAGCUUUGCAGAAACAGCGAGAAGUUCAGACCCGAAAAGAGGUUGAAAAGGAACGUCAGUCUACGCGUUCAGCCCUGGAAAUCACCCUAGAAAAACGUGCCCAACGCUUAGAAGAGUUGGAGCGUGGUUUCUCCACCAACGAGUCCAAGCAGCAGCCAAAGUCACCAGAAUCCACCAACGAGUUUCUUCGGAUGCACGCCAAGCUGCGUGGACGAGUGGAACGUACCGCAGCUAUGCCUUAAGCAAUGCUUGUGAAUCACGAAAAAGAAAAGACAAACUGGAUUAUUAUUAUUUUUUUGGUUAAACCCGAUAUGUUACCUGGAGUGGAUAAAUUAUAAGAGAAAAAAAAACACCGAGUAAAAAAAAAAUGGUUUCAUUUAAACGAUAAGGCUUAAUCGUGUAAAUCUAAAAGUCAUUCGUGAACAUGUUGCAUUCGUAUUUCAUUAAAAACAGUCCCAUUCAAUUUCUUCAGUUUUUUUUUUAUUUUCACUGUUCGUGUAAUAUCCACAGGUUCCGUUGCGUGAGUGAUCUUGCAUUUAGCGUGAAGUUGUUCACUCUUUGAAUUCUCUUCUAGCUUUACACCGUUAUCAGCUAGCAAACAGAAUGAUGACUUGACUGUGACUAUAUAUCCUUUCUUGGUCGUUCUUUUCGUUACGCUUUUCGUUUCAAUGUCGACGCAGUCUGCUUCACGCAUGACUACGGAAUACCGAUCAUACCUUGUACAUGAUUUUCAUUUCAUUUCAGUUUUUUAUGUAUAAUACACAAUCGCAAUGAAAAUAA